CAUCAAGAUCAAGAUGCCAGCACUUUCCCCGACUAUGAAAGCAGGAAAUAUUAUAGAGUGGAAAAAGAAAGUUGGAGAUUCAGUAGCUCCUGGCGACGUACUUGCCGAUAUUGAAACAGACAAGGCAACGAUGGAGUUUGAGUCCCAGGAAGAAGGUUAUUUAGCAAAGAUAUUGGUACCUUCAGGUACGCAAGAUGUUCCUGUCGGAAAGUUGGUGGCCAUACUAGCGGAAGAUAAGGCGGAUGUUGGCUCAUUGGAGCAAUUUUCUAGCACGGAAUCUUUUCGUUCUAGUGAAACGGAACACUCUACCAAAGCAAAGUCGAUAAAGUCUACAAGUUCAGUAGAAAAAAAAUUAUUUGGACCUGCAGUUCGUCGUAUGAUUGAAGAGUAUCACAUAUCAGACUUGUCACGAUUGACGAGUUCAGGAGCACACGGACGUAUCUUGAAGGAUGAUGUCGUCGAGUAUUUGAACAACACUGGGAAAGAAACUAGAAAGCAACGACAAGAACAGCAACCCAAAAAGCCAGAUUCCAAGAAGGAAUCUAUAGUUACCAAACAAGAGGAUAUCACAAGUCGUACCCAAUAUGAAGAUAUUCCAUUGAAUAACAUGCGCAAAGUGAUUGCCCGCAGACUAACAGAGUCCAAGACUCAAGUACCUCAUGAAUAUUGCCAAAUCGAUUGUCAACUAGACAAGUUAUUGGAGUUGCGAAAUAUUUGGAAGACUGAGAAGAAUAUUUCUGUUUUAGUAAACGAUUUUAUCAUUCGAGCUACGGCCAUUGCACUUCGAAAAGUACCCGCAUUGAAUGUCAUUUGGGAUGAAUCGAGCCAAAGUGGCAAACAAAUGGAUCGAAUUGAUAUUUCUAUGGCAGUUAGUAUCGAGAAUGGUUUGAUAACACCCAUUGUCAUGGAAGCGGAUAAGAAAGGUUUACUAGAAAUUUCGAACGUUGCCAAGGACCUCAUUAUGAAAGCACGACAAGGCAAGUUAAAGCCUGAAGAGUUCCAGGGUGGUACCUUUAGUAUUAGCAAUUUGGGAAUGUUUGAUAUAGACCAAUUCACUGCGGUUAUCAAUAUUCCUCAAGCUUGUAUAUUAGCUAUUGGAACGGGAGAGAAACAAGUGCUUGUCGAGAACAAUCAGCCUGUAGUUCAUACUGUUAUGAAAGCAAGUCUAUCUUAUGAUGCUAGAAUAGUUCAAGAAAAGGAUGCCAUUCACUUCUUAAGAGAAUUUUCUGAUAUUAUAUCUUCUCCUCAAGAAAACAUGUUAUUAUAAACUCGGCAAUAAGACAUUUUGUUUGCUGAUAUGAUUCAUUCCCGAAACAACAGUCUUAAUAGGAUUGUGUGGUAUUCAUUUUGCUAGCUAUAGAGAAUCCAUUUUUGAUUAGUAAAAUAUUUCUCCUGUUCACAACAUUUCAGAAUUUCCGUUUUGUAUACACCGACGGUUGAUUGUGAGAUGCAAGAGGUAAGUUUAUGGAUCUUUCAAGUUGUUGUUGUCGUUGUAGAGAAGAGGAUGAUACAAACUGGACUAGAGUUUCUGAUAUUUAUUUGAAGAAACUUCCUUGGCUGUCUGAGUCAUUAUGAAGGACAGAAAGUGAGCAAUGGUUACAAGACAGACACUGAUGGAAUUCGC